GCCGUCGUCACGUGACUUCGCACGUGGGCAGUGGGGUGAGCGCUGGGCGGGAGCGGGGCGCUGAGGAGAUUGGGCGGGAAAGCGGUUGCUGAGGAGAGUUUCGGGGUGGCCCCGCGGGCGGGGAGGUUCGCUGCUGCGCCAGCACCCCUGUCCGUGUGAUUGCCCACGGAUAAUGGGAAACUUGUUCCUAAACCAGGACAGUGAAGUGACCUAAAGCUAAUAGGGGUUUUAAAAGCAGGCUACUACUCGCUACCCUGCUUGCCACUGAUGCUCCUUCUCUCUUUCCAGAAGGAAGACAGAGGGAGGAGCAUAAAGGACUGCUGGGACAGCCCAGAUGCCCCUGCCCUUUCCACUUGCAGCAAUGCAGAUAUAUUCCGCAGGAUAAAUGCCAUGCUGGACAACUCUUUGGACUUCAGUGGUGUCUGCACCACUCCCAUCACAAAAAGCAAGCGUGACGUCUUGCCAGACUUCCAGGACUCUGACGAAGCAGUGGCGAGCAGGAUGCUUUUCCCCACAUCCACCCAAGAGUCUUCCCGUGGCCUCCCUGAUACCAACGACCUGUGCCUUGGCCUGCAGUCCCUCAACCUUACGGGGUGGGACAGACCUUGGAGCACCCAGGACACUGAUGCUGCAGCACAAACUAGCCCACAAUCCGUUCUCAGCAUGCUGAGUAGCCCUCUGGGGAAUGUCCUGGGGAAGCCCCCACUGGGUUUCCUGCCCCUAGACCCUAUUGGCUCAGACAUAUCAGAAAAGUUUUCUGCGCCGGCACUGAGGAAUUCCCGCCUGGAUUCCCGCUCCCUCCUGGACUCACGUUCCAGCAGCCCUUCUGACUCAGACACCAGUGGGUUCAGCUCGGGCUCUGACCACCUCUCGGACUUGAUUUCGAGCCUUCGUAUCUCCCCACCUCUGCCCUUCCUGCCCCUCAGUGGAGUGUCAAGAGACCCCCUCAAGAUGGGAGUGGGAUCACGGAUGGAUCAAGAUCAAGCUGCUUUGGCUGCAGUCACUUCCCCCCCAGCCAGUGCAUCGAAAAGAUGGCCUGGAGCUUCUGCGUGGCCUUCCUGGGAUCUCCUGGACUCUCCAGAAGAUCCCUUCAGUAUUGAAAGAGAAGCCAGGCUGCACAGGCAAGCAGCAGCUGUGAAUGAAGCGACCUGCACCUGGAGUGGGCAGCUGCCCCCGAGAAACUACAAGAACCCUGUCUACUCCUGCAAAGUGUUCCUAGGAGGAGUCCCAUGGGACAUCACAGAAGUUGGACUGAUCAACACCUUCCGUGCGUUUGGCUCACUGAGUGUGCAGUGGCCUGGUAAGGAUGGCAAACACCCACGCUGCCCUCCCAAAGGUAAUAUGCCUAAAGGAUAUGUGUACCUGGUGUUUGAAUCGGAGAAGUCUGUGCGUGCUCUGCUGCAGGCGUGCUCGCAGGACCUGCUGAGCCCUGACGGGCUCAGUGAGUACUAUUUCAAGAUGUCCAGCCGCAGGAUGCGCUGCAAAGAGGUGCAGGUGAUCCCGUGGGUGCUGGCAGACAGUAACUUUGUGCGCAGCCCCUCCCAGCGGCUGGAUCCCAGCAAGACGGUGUUUGUCGGGGCUCUGCAUGGGAUGCUGAAUGCAGAGGCCCUGGCAGCUGUCAUGUGUGACCUGUUUGGAGGAGUGAUCUAUGCUGGCAUCGACACGGACAAGCACAAGUACCCCAUUGGGUCUGGCCGCGUCACCUUCAACAACCAGCGCAGCUACCUGAAGGCAGUGACUGCUGCGUUUGUAGAAAUCAAAACAACCAAGUUUACUAAAAAGGUUCAGAUCGACCCGUACCUGGAAGACUCCAUGUGCCAAGUGUGCAGUGCUCAGCCUGGCCCUUUCUUCUGCAGGGACCAGAUCUGCUUCAAGUACUUCUGCCGCUCCUGCUGGCACUGGCAGCACUCCAUGGAGGUCCUGCGUCACCACCGCCCGCUGAUGCGCAACCAGAAGAACGGGGACUCCAGCUAAAGCGGCUGUUGGGGUGCGGGCGCGGGGGAAAGUCCUUUUGUUAACCUGCCAAGUGGAGAGCGCACGAGCGUGCCUGCUGGUGCCAGACCCAGGCUGGGAACGCGCUUCCUGAGGACUAAUGGGAAAAUCUUACAUUCACGUUUGCACUUGCUGGUCUUUUUGUUUCUGCACUAAUGCACAGUGAAUUUUGUCGGGUUUUGUUUGGGGUUUUUGAGGGGGGGAGUGCCCCCUCAAGUGAUUCUGCAGUUCCCAGACUUUGGUUCCUAGUUUGACGAGAAACAAAAAGGGCCGCGUGUUGAGAAGGUGUUUAUGCAGAUGCCUUCACCUAGGUUUUUUAUUUAUUAAAGGCGCUUUUUUACAUUCCUUGCAAUACUGAUGGUAAUAAUGCAGGUCUCAUUGGCUCCAUUUUUUUGCAGUUGCCAUACAGUGCCUUUCCAUUCAUUUAACCCCCAUCUGAACGGCAUAAACUGAAUGUUCAGCUGGCGUUUUUUACUGUAACAACAAGGAGACUUUGCUCUUCAUUUAAACCAAAUCAUAUUUCAUAUUUUACGCUCAAGGGUUUUUACCAGUUCCUUUUUACACUCUUAAACAGUUUUUAAGUCGUUUGAAAUGAGAGAUUUUUCUUUCCUGGCAGCUUUUAACAUUAUUGCAAUUUGUGUCUGGGGGCUGCUGGUGGGAAGUUGUAAAUCGAGGUGUUUGCAACAGAAACAGGACAGGAUUUCUGGAUUUGAAACUGGACCGGAUAAAUGAUCUCUGAGCUGCUGUAUAUAGUUUUAAAUAGUUUGUUGCACUUAAGGGGGGUUGAUAGAGGUUUUUAAUCACAAAGUCACAGGACUUACUUUCCUUUUGUAACUAGCUAAAAAAGGGCUGCGUUUCAGUGGACGGAUGGAGGUUCAUAGGAGCCCUUUCUCUUAGAGGGGACAAGUACUCUUCCUUUUGUUUCAGACAUGUAUGAAGUAAUGGUGCAGUCGACUGAAAUGCUGCUGGGAUUUGAGAAUUUUUUUUUUACUUUCCCCUCUAUCAGAAGCUGUGUGCCAAAGAACCAGUGUCAUAAUUUCUCCCUCUCCUGCUGAGCUGAUGUUGCAUUGUUGCAUAUCCCAGCUGCUCUUUGUGGGGUUUUCGUGAAGCUGUGUGUGAAGUCUCUACCUCAUUGUAGUAUAUGCAGGCAAGACUGCACUCUCCUACAGACGCGUGGAGUAAGCUGUGGUGUAGUUUUUGGCACAUAAUAAACACGUUGCAGCAAAAA